AUGGAGAACUGGUUGAAAGAUGUGGACAAGUGUGGUUUGCCAGGAAAAUUCAAGGCCUGGAUUUACCAACAUGGCAUCCUACCACGCCUAUUGUGGCCGCUGCUGGUGUACAGUGUACCGUCAUCAACAGUGGAAGCAAUGGAGAGGACAAUAAAUUCAUUCCUCAGGAGGUGGAUGGGGGUGCCAAAGAGUUUCACCAGCCUCGGUUUGUACUGCACAGGCAGCAAGCUGCAGAUACCUCUCAGAUCACUGACGGAGGAAUACAAGGUCACAAAGGCUCGGAAAGUCAUUAUGCUACGAGACAGUAGAGAUGAGAAGGUUAGAGAAGCAGGAGUGCAGGUCAACACCGGGAGAAAGUGGAGGGCUGACAAGGCAGUUGAAGAGGCUGAGGCUCGUCUUCGGCACAGCGACAUUGUCGGUAAUGUUGCACACGGGCGACUAGGCUUCGGAUGCGUAACCCGUUCGCAGUGGAGCAAAGCCAGUGCAAAAGACCGACGCACCCAAGUGCAGGAAGAGAUCCGCCGAAUGGAGGAAGAAUCCAGGCUCACCAGAGCUGUUACCCUACGGAAACAGGGAAAAUGGCUGAACUGGGAGGGAGUACCCCAGAGAAAGCUUACAUGGAAUGCGAUCUGGACCAUGGAAAGCGACAGACUUAGUUUCUUGCUCAAGACUGUCUACGACGUGCUGCCAAGUCCAACAAACCUAGUGACUUGGGGUCUUGCCGAAAAGCCAGAUUGCAAGCUCUGUGGAAGACUAGCGAAUCUGGAGCAUGUCCUGAGCUCAUGCAGUACAGCCCUGUCUGAUGGUCGAUACAGAUGGCGUCACGACAGGGUUCUUGCUUCAAUCGCCGAUCAUCUAGAUCAAGCACGAAAAGCGCAGAAGACGACCAACAAAGGCCCCUCAUUCAUUUCCUUUGUCAGAGCCGGAGAAGAAGGGGCAAAGGCCAAACGCGCAUGUGGGAUUCUUGGAACGGCAACAGAUUGGAGAAUGGAAGCAGACUUGAAGAAACAGCUCAAGUUUCCACAGGAGAUCACCGUGACAAACCAGAGACCCGACAUAGUACUGUGGUCAGCUGCAUCAAAACAGGUUGUGAUGGUGGAGCUCACAGUACCAUGGGAGGAGCGGAUUGAAGAGAGCUUCGAACGGAAGCGCGAAAAGUACCAGGCCCUCACAGAUACCUGCACAGAGAAAGGCUGGAAGGCAUGGUGUUUUCCAGUGGAGGUGGGCUGCAGAGGUUUCCCAGCACAAUCACUGUGGCGCACUUUCAGCAGACUGGGGGUUACAGGACAGGUCCGGAAACGGGCCAUAUCGGUUGUUGCACGUGAAACGGAGUCUGCUUCCUUGUGGCUAUGGCGGAAGAGAGAGGAGAAGUGGAUAGGGGGACACAGGGCUGUCGACUAG